CGAUUUAUAAAAAUAUUAAAUUUAUGAAAUCUUUCUCUCUGUUUUGUAUUUUUCAAAUUCAUUCCUGUAAUAAAUAUAUACAAUUUGUGGUAGAUUUUAAGUGAUAAUGUCUGAUUGUUAUGAUAGUUAUCAUCGGUGGGAACCUUUGGCUGAAUUUCACUUUAACCUCAAUAAUCCCGAAAAUGAGGAGUUAUACCGAGAGAACUACAUCUACUGCUUGUGCAGCAGAGUCCUCACAAGAGAAGUGGUAAAGACAUAUGAAUCAGAGAAGUAUGGAAGUGAAAGUGAUGCGGAAGAAGUACAGGAUGUGGUAUCAUCAGAACUGGAUGAUCAUUCUCAUGUUCAUUUCUCACUAGACACAUCUAACAAGAAUAAAUGUGAUAAGGAUGAAGUAGCAAGUUGCUACUGCAGCGCCUCACACACAGACAACUACUGUUCAACUGAUGAACAUGAGCCAGGUCAGAUCCAUGCAUCUCAUGCCUUGCAGCCGAGCGACAGCGGUGCUGAUCUGACUUACCAGGACUAUCACCUGGAUAUCACUCAGGAUAAACUCGAAGAACUGGAUGAGGAUGUCACUAAGCUAGAUACUUAUGAAGAUUAUCUAUCUGAAGAGACUUGGGACAAAUUCUGGGCGAUUCAUGGAGAAAGACUAAUUUGGGCAUCAUGGAUCAAGAAAUAUAGUGAUUAUAUUAACCCAGAUUAUCUAGAUGAAAACAAUGAUAUACUUCUAGAUGAAAAUAGUGUCCCCCAGAAGUUAGAGAAGGCUGAAGAAAGUCAAAAAAGUAAUGAAAAUAGAAGGGAAAGGAAAUAUUCUUAUGAUUCGAAAAUAAACCCAGUUAUGGGUAGUAAAGAUGACAUAACUGGAAAACCUUCUAAGAAUAAAUCAGAUACCAAAGAUGAUUCAUGGGUACCUAUUGGAAGAAGGCGAUCAAUUUCAGAACACGAAAGAAUUGUUAGUCCAAAAACUCUUGCAGCCACUGAUUCAAUGACCAAUGUGACCAAAGCAACCCUCUCUAGCUACAAUGUGACUUCCAGCCAUGUCACCUCAGAUUCCACACCUACAGAUGGUUACAGCAUAUCAUCAUCAACAUCAGAUGAUCAAUUUAAUGAUCAAACCAGGAUUGCCAAUGUUGAAGACCAAACUGAUGAAGUAACAGAGGAAUUAGAUAAUGAUCAAUAUUGGCAGCUGCUCUGGAAGAAACACUUCGGGGAACAGUAUGCAAUACACUACGCAUACUAUGUUGAAUGUCACAACCAUCAUGACCAAUUCAAUGAACUAAGUAAUAACAAAGAUAAAGUUUUAGAUAACAAAUUAGAAGAAUUAAAACUUGAAAACGACUGUGAAAAUAGUGAUGGUAAUUCGCAAGAUGCACAAACAAUUGUAGAGAUACAAGAAGAGAAAGAACAGAAAAAAGCAAAAUCAGGAAAGUCGAAUGAAAAUAGAACGGGUAAAUCGAAAUCUCGAAAGAAACAUGAGCAUAAAGUUAUAAAUUCUGUAGGCGCACUUCUACAGCUAUUAAAGGAGCAACAAGAGAAGGAGAGUGAGUUAGUUGAUGCUAGUGAGGAGAAAUCUACGGAAAAAGUAGAAACGGCCAUUACACCUGAUUCUACAAUGAAUCAGGAUACUAUUCAAAACCCACAAAGUCGAAACUCAAAUUCUAGUCAUAUUGAUGAAGAUGAUGAUAAUAAUGAUCCGCCAGAAGAAAGAUAUUCUUCACUUAAAAGAAGCCACGAACUGGAUGCAGAUGAGCUAAUGUCAGAAAGAAUAAAAUCAACAUUAGAUGUCAUGGGAUUCUCCUUAGACCCAACAAAACUGCCAAAGGGUGAACUCAUUUAUAAGAAACGAAUAGGUAAGCUGAGACCGCCACGCAAUAAAAAAUGGAAUGCCCCAAGAAAAAUAUACUUUGACGACGAUGGAAACCCCUAUCAUGAAAAGACAGAUGACGAAGGACAUAAUUCUGAGAUAGACACAGACAAAGUUGAUGAAACGAAUGUAAAAGCAGAAGAGAAGAAACCUGAAACAAGUGCAGAAGAUGAAUUAGAUGAUAGUAACAUAGUUGAAGCUAAAGAGGAGACACAGAGUGAGGACAUCAGUGAUCAGGGAAACAAAGAUGCAACUGUUGAGAAUCCAAGUCAAACCAAGCGCAGAAAACGGCAGAAGCGUCAUAGACCAGAUACCGACACAAGCGAGCUGCCCGCAGAGUUGCAGGGGCAUCCUAAGAUGAUGAAGUACUGGAAGAAGAGGCACUCCCUGUUUCAUAGAUUUGACGAAGGCAUCCGUCUCGACAUGGAAUCCUGGUUCAGCGUGACGCCCGAGAACGUGGCCGCUCACAUUGCCGACCGGUGUGCGCGCGACACCGUCCUCGACGCGUUCUGCGGCGCCGGCGGCAACAGCGUGCAGUUCGCGAGGACGUGUAAACGAGUAAUAGCUAUAGACAUAGACCCUAAGAAGAUAGAGUUGGCCCGCCACAACGCUUUGGUGUACGGAGUUGAUAAUAUAGAGUUUAUCGUUGGGGACUUCUUCGAGAUUGGACCUACUAUUAAAGCUGAUUUGGUGUUCCUGAGCCCACCGUGGGGUGGACCCAAGUAUUCCGAGAAUUCAGAAUAUGACAUUGAAACCAUGUUGGAACCCAAGCCAGCUUCAGAACUGAUAAAUGUAGCAAGCACAAUCAAUUCUAAUAUAGCAAUAUAUUUACCAAGAAAUUCAAAAACUGAUCAGAUUUUGUCACUGGCACAAGAAAUGGGAAGUUCAGUUGAGAUAGAACAGAGUUUCUUGGAUAGAAGGUUUGUUGCAAUAACUGCAUACUUCUACUAAUAGAUUUAAGACAUAUUAUUAUUAUUUAAAUUAGAUUGUGAAAAUAUUGUCAUAUAUAAAAUGUAACUGUCAUUAUUUAGGAUUCAGGUAGUAUUAUUCAAUUGUUUAUUCAAUUGUUUAUGCCUUAAAAAGUUGUUCAGUAUUUAGUAUUGCAAGCUAGCCAUAAUGCUUGUAUUGUUCAUAUCGUUAUUUUUCAUUU